UACAGAGUUCUAAUGGAAGCAGGCAGCAGAGUUAUAAUGCAGGUGUUGUUGCUGGCGUUGGUGGUUCAGGUCACCCUGUCCCAGCACUGGUCCUAUGGAUGGCUACCAGGUGGAAAGAGAAAUGUGGGAGAGCUUGAGGCAACCAUUAGGAUGAUGGGCACAGGAGGGGUGGUGUCUCUUCCCGAUGAGGCAAAUGCCCAAAUCCAAGAGAGACUUAGACCAUACAAUAUAAUUAAUGAUGAUUCCAGUCACUUUGACCGAAAAAAAAGGUUCCCUAAUAAUUGAAGAGCUACAUCAUUAUCAGCAGCACAUGGGAAAGAUCGCCCGGCAACAAGAUGGUGACUUCAGCAAAUCAUUUGUUACGCAGAUGUUAAUUAUUUGUUAUCGGUGGUUAAAGCCUUGUAAAACUGUAAUAAACUUUAAA